AUAAUAAUAAAAAAAAAAACAAAAAGAAGAGAGAGAUAGACUCACCACCAUCACCUCUCUCUCUCUCUCUCUCUCUCUCUCUCUCUCUAUACUUCUCAUUCACACUUCUCUUCGCCAUGGACGCGCUCAAAGAAGAAGAAGACGACUCCAUGUUCGAGACGAGCCACGUGCUGGGGAGCCUCGUCGCGUCGUCCCCGCUCCUAGGGCACGCGUGGCGCGCGUGCGCGCGCGCGGACGCGGCGGGGCCGAGGAGCUUCGUGGCCGAGCGCCCGGGCGGGGGCGGCGGCGCAGCCGUCCACGUCGCGUUCUCCGGCGCCAGCGCCGCGGCGGCCGCGGCGGCCGCGGACGCGGGAGGGGACGCGCUCCGACCGGUGCCCAUCGGCGGCGGCGGCGGUGGAGGGCUCUUCUCCCAGCUUGUGGGCGGCGGCGGCGGCGGCGGCGGGGAUGGGGAGGAGGAGGUGCUCGUGCAAGCUUGGGCUUUGCGUUUCUAUGUCGCCUUGUGUAAGACACCGGAGUAUCAAAUGCUUCUGGAUGAUGUCAAAGACAAAUCAGUGGUAUUCACAGGCCAUGCAAUGGGCGGUGCGGUCGCUUCGCUUGCGGCCCUUCACUUCCUUUGCUCAUCGUUCUGCUUCACUUCUUCAACCACCAAAUCCCUCUUAUGCGUCACCUUCGGAAGUCCGCUUCUCGGAAAUGAGGCUCUAUCUCGAGCCAUUCUUAGAGAAAGAUGGAAUGGUAACUUCUUCCACGUCGUCUCACAGCACGAUUUCAUGCCAAGGCUCUUCUUUUGCCCUCUCAACUCAAUUUCUUCUCGUCUUAGAACCUACUUGCAGUCGAGGCAAUUCUCAAUGCAUGCACCUAAUGAAGAAAAGAUGGAACUGCAUAAGUUUAUAUCUCCGCAUAUUGCUGCUGCCGUGACCGGGCAGAAGCAGAAGCGGAAGCUAUCUGCUGUGGUUUAUGACAGAAGCCCUUACAAGCCAUUUGGGAACUACGGUUUGUGCUCUAUGGAGGGAAUGGUGUGCAUUGAUAAUCCAACUGCAGUGGCACAGAUGCUCUAUGUGACAUUCGUAACUAAUUGGCAGUCAAACUCCAACAUCGAGGAGCAUCUUUCUUAUGGUGAUCUUGUAGUGAAUAUCUCGCAAAACUUGCUAAAGAGGAAGCGAAUUUCCGUUGAAGAUGAGGACCCCAAAUCAAACUACGAGUCAGGGAUUUCACUCGCACUCGAGGCAUCGGGUAUCGGAGUAAAGGGCAUUGGAGCUAUGGCUGCACGCGAGUGCCUAAAACAAUCGAAGAGGAUGGGCCAAAGUCCUAAUCUGAUCUGUGCCAAUCUAGCAAUCAGGCUUGGCAAAAUAACCCCAUGUCGGGCUCAAAUCGAAUGGUACAAGACCUCUUGCGACGACGACAUGGGCUACUACGAUGCAUUCAAGCUUAGGAAGGCCAAGAAGGACUCCAAAGCAAACAUGAACCGAAUAAAACUAGCUAAAUUUUGGGACAGCGUGAUUGAAAUGCUUCAAAACAACCAACUUCCUUAUGAUUUCCACAAAAGAGCCAAGUGGGCUAAUGCAGCUCAAUUCUACAAGCUUCUGGUUGAGCCAUUGGACAUUGCUGAGUAUUACAGAAGCCGGUAUCACAAGACUAAAGGCCAUUAUUUGACUCAUGGGAGAGAAAGGAGGUACGAGAUCUUCGAUAAGUGGUGGGAAGGGAAGAAGGAUUGUGUUGAUACCACGAAUAUGAAGAGGAGUAAGUUUGCUGGGUUGACUCAAGAUUCGUGUUUCUGGGCGAAGGUCGAAGAAGCAAUGGAGUGGCUGGAUGAUUUGAGAAGCCAGAGUGAUCCUGCGAAGGUGGCGCAAUUGAGGAAAAAGUUGAAUGAAUUUGAUUGUUACUCGAAGCGAUUGGUGGAGAGGAAAGAUGUGUCGAUAGACGUGUUGGCCCCGCGCUCGAGCUUCAGGCUGUGGUUGGAAGAAUGGAAGGAUCUCAAGUUUAACCCCAGCUUCUAAAAAGUAGUACAUUGUUCUACUUAAAUACUCUUCUGUAAGUUUGAUUUAGUAGUGGUAUGAGAAAUUAGCAGUAGAUAAAUGAUAGCAUAAAGAACCUAAAUUACCGAGAAAGAACAUAAUCAUCGAGGUAUAUGUAUAAAUUCGAAGCCUUUGUUACUAAUUCUGGUGUAUGUAUUCAUAAUAAUAAUCAGGAUUCAUAGUUCUACUA